AUGUCCUCAAAUGGCAUCAGCAACAGGUGUAGUAAAAACGGCAAAACGAAUUUCAGCGUGAAUGUCCUAACUAAUAAGUGCUCUCCCCCAAAUGGCAAACUUGACGAGGGAGAUAACUGCAACUUUGAGGAUGGGCGAAGAGCACAUGGAGUAGACAGCUUAUGCAAUAGCAGCGCACCGGGGGGGUCCCUCAACGGGGGAAUAAUUGCACAGACAGGUGAACACAACUUGAGCAACCAUAAGAAUGAGUUUUUCCCCCCUCAGCAUUUACAGGAAAAUAAUUUCAUUAAUAUGAAGGAGGAGCGUGCAAGGCAAAAGGGGAGGUUAAAUUGGGGGUACCCCUUCAAAUGGAACAAAAAAGAGGGUGACCCAUUUGCAGAAAAAGAUAAAGCAGAAAAAGAAAAGGCGGAAAAAUCAGGGGGCGUCUUUUCCAAAAUGGUAAAUGAAUACAAUUCAAAUCAGGGUAAAACGCCAACCGGUAACGGCGAUGUUUCGCCAAGUAACGCAGAUCGGUCAAAUUCCACUGUUGAGAAAAUUUACCUGAACGGGUCAGGCGAAAUGAAAAAAAAAAAAAAAAAAAAAUCGAGCAUAUGCAAUGUUUUAAAUAGUAAUGCCCAACAUUGGAACAGCGUAGUGAAUGGCUUAGAAUGGAGAAAUUUGCUGUCAAAUGGGGUGGAAAAAAGUUGCCCACUUAGUGCUAACAAACAUAGCGGGAAAAUAACGCCCAUUGGAAGCGGCGAAAAUGAUGUGUCCAUCGAAACAUCUCACAGGAAAGAACUUUCACAAGGGGGAAGGCAAACGAACGGACAGGAAGCGCCUACUCCGUUUUUCACAUCCCCCAUUCCAAAACCGCAGUGGAAAAGCGACAAUUGUAGAGACCAUCUAAAUGGCCACUCCUCCAUUGUCAGUCACACGCAGAAUGAGGGAUAUCACCCAUUCUACAUGGGAAAGGGCAAAAAUUGCGCCUUGAAAAAAAGGCUUGAAAAUAUAUUGCUGAGCGACAGGGAGGAGGUGAUAUAUGUGGACAGCCGAAAUGGGGGUGGGCUGUGGGGGGAGAAGAAAAAGGGUGGGGGAUUCCAGGGAGAGAAGGCAAAAAGGGCAAGCAUAAGCGAAAGGAGUAGCGAACGAAGCAGCACAGGCAAUGGCUCAGACGACGUGGCCAGCAAUACCCCCAGCGGUGAAUCAAACGAUGGGCCGCGCUUCAUGACCAGUGGAAGCAUUCAUCCCUUUCCUCCAAAUGGCUGGAACGAUCUGAUGAGCAAACGCGCAAGGGGGCAAAACGAUCACUCCACAAACUGCCCGGACGUUUACACCAACGGGAACAUGACACAUGGAGAGAGAGGCUACUCCGUUAGAAGCCAUAAGGCACACCAAAUUUUUAUGAACCACGUAAAAAGGGACAGUCAUGAUAAGGCCAUUUAUUACGACAUGAAGGAUGAGAAAACAUUUGGCGAUUCGAAUGACAGAGAGGAGAGGAACCUCACGGGGAAGGAAAGUCUCCCCGUUUAUGUAAACUCAUUUAACACACCACAGCAUGUGGCCAAAAUUGCGCCUGAAUUGGGAAGAAACCAUGUAGGCCAAAACGGAUUCCUCCAACGCAACGAUGGUGUAAAGACGACGAAGAAGGACAUGAAAGGAGAGGACAACACAGAUGAAUGUUUGCCGAGUGUGCAUACCAACGGGGGCACUUACCAGAGAACCUUUAAAGAGAAUGAGAAAAACGAAAUUGUGAAGGAGAAAGAAAGCAAAAGGGAUGGGAUGAAAGGGGAUCCACAUGCCUGCGUUACUUCCCUUUUGCACACCCAAAGUGGAGGGCGAGAAAAUGGGUGCUUAUUAAACCAUUCAUUUGUGAAGGAAAACACUGAUGGGAUGAGCCUCUUAAAUGGAGCCAAGCGAGAGGGGUGUGCACCUGCUAUGGAAGGAGUGGAUAAGUUGGACGAUGGGAGGGAGACCCCAAUUGGGGGAGACCUAAUUUGGUCGCGAUGCCCACAUCAGGGGAAUGAAAACCCUCUGCGUGCCUCAAAACACCGUAGCAGCGUUAAUCAAAUGAAUGGAACCCCACAGGGGGGGGAAGACAACGCCAUGUGUCACUCUAUGAGUGAUGGAGCAUCUGGCACAAACUGGAGGACAGCUCAGAGAAGUUCCCCUCCCCCUUCUCAUCAAAAGGGUGAAGCCAGAACGGAAAAAAAACCCUUGGAAGAUAAGUCCAUUUUUAACUACUACGACGAGUGGAUGAACCGUUUAGAGAAAGGUAAGGACCAAAUGAGCAACGGGGAAGGGUGCAACCUGGGCAGCGUUUACAAAGAGGGUACACAGACGAAUAAGAAUGGCUGUCUAGAGUACAAACCGCAGAGUAGUCACCCAAUUAUGUGCCCCCCCGAAAAAAUAUCCCCAUCAACAGUUACACCUAACGUGGGCACAGCGGGGAAGUUGCCCCACUUGGGGAAGGAUGGAAAGUCACACACACCUGCUGACAGAAGAGGGUCUAAAGAAGUCGCCCAAAACGGGGACAUUACAAAAAAAAAAAAACAAAUUUUUGGAUUCACCCCAGUGGUACAUCCUUUGCUGGGGGAACAGACGAACGAGCAGAGGGGUGCCCAUCACGAUGUGAGCUUAACAGAUGACCCUUUAAGUAGCAACCGAAUGGACACCAACUGGAGAGAUAAAAAGACGAGGGGAACAAACAGCAGGUGUGAUCAAUUCGGCUCAGAAGAACUUCCCAACGAGGAAAAUAAAACCCCCCCCCAGGAUAACUCUCCCUUUUUUGCAAACAAAAAUGGGCCACACUGGCAGAGCGGCGUUGAUGCAAAGGAGGAGUACACUUACGAAAGCGUCUCAAAAUGGGAAGAGGCCAACCGAAGCGAAACAGACAAUCUGUUUAAGUGGAUUUAUGAGGCAAGUAACCUCGAAGGGGGACUUAAUUUUGGAGACCCCUACUCCAUGCACGCGAGUGAACAAAGCUUGAAAAGGGGUGAAGAAAUUUUAAAUCGAAAAAUGGCUAGCCAGCUAGCCAAUGGGGUACUCCCAAAUUGGCACAACAACAACUUCGUUCUGAGAGGCUCUUCUUACGGGGCCCCCCACGGGGGUGAACUUUCUGAUCGGGCUCCUCUGAGUGGAGUUUUUUUCGGGGAGGAAACUUCCAUUUGGGGGGGCGGCAAUAAACAGGGGAGGACUGACCAGGUGAUGACCAACCAGGGAAGAGACAUCCGCAGUGGUGCAGAUGUACACUACUUGCACAGCUCAGGCGAAAACGGGGGGGCUGUCCCCAGAUCGGAAAGUAAGCAUAGCUGGCGUUUGGGUGACGACGCAGCUGACGCGUAUGACGCCGCUGAAGAGCCUGCGGGUGGAAGCAAAGACACGAGCGUCAACUUUUAUGAUGACUCAACUGUAAAGGGAUAUGCAGACGGACGGGAAUAUGCCGCUCUACAGGGGGAGGAGGACCUCCUCGGAGGAAUGUCAAAACAGCAGGGAGGCGACACCUUCGACCCGAAGAACGACUACAGGUGGCAGCUGUGCCAUUUAAGAUACCCAGAAGGAGUGAACUUCAAGAAGGCCUUUUUCUUCACCUUCCAAAAUGACCUAUACAUUUAUGGGGCUCGCAAAAAUAACUUCGUCAUUUCGGAUCGGGUGUUUCGAAUCCGCGAGGGUGAAGUCGAAGCUGUGCGCACCAGGGGGGCCGCGCCCAAGCUGUACGUUAAGGUUUACCUUGCCGUCGAGGAGGGGGUGGUGAGCGGUGUGGGCGGCACAACUGGAUGCCCCCCUUCCAACAGGAGCUGCCUGAACUUUGGCCGGAUUGACCAACCGCGAAAACGCGUCUACAUCUGGGGGGCCAACGAAAAGAGGCAGCUGGACCUGUACACUCUGUACCGGCUAGACUUGUGCCGCCUCGAGUGGCAGGAGAUAAGAAUCACCUACAACAGGCAGCUGAACGUGUGGAGAGAGGAUUUCUCCCUCAUCCUGGUUAAGGACUGCUUAUACAUGUACGGAGGAGUUGUCUUCAAGGGUGGCGAGUGGAUCUGCUGUGACGAAUUGUGGAGGUGCGACACGGGCAGGAGGAAGUGGGAGAUGCUAGCUGUGGGGGCAGGCACCCCCGAGAAGGGCCCUACUCAGGAGGACCCUACCCAGAAGGGUACUGCUCAAACGGAGGGCCACUCAUUUUGCAGCCUUCACCCAACGAAGGUGGUUAACCUUUUUGCAAGUCCGGGCGAGUCAUCCUCACUGGGUAGCCACCUCAAAGAGGGGCAGACGAACGAAAGUGACAAGGCCACUUCCACACCGUGUGAGGAAAAGCAGCCCGGCAGGAGAGCAGGCCACCUUUGCGUUUUGCGCAAAAACAGGAUGUACAUUCACGGAGGAACCAAUCUGACCGAAGAAAAAUCAGAUUUUUACUUUUUCGAUUUGGAGAGAAAAAAAUGGUUCGAGGUGGUGCCACGCGGGGAGGAAGUCCCCUCCAAGAGGUACGGCCACUGCGGAGUGGUAAUAAAAAACAAGCUGUACAUCUAUGGGGGGUUCACAAAAACGCUCAGUGGGAACUCCCUCCACAACGAUCUAUUUGAAUAUGACUUUGUGGAGAACACCUGGAGGCAGGUCUUCACCAUUGGAGAUUUGAUUUACCUAAAACGGUGCCUCAAUGGAAAGCAGCAGGGUUGUCUCGCUUUUGUGAAGUUGCUUUUGAUGAGAAGCUACUACGAGGGUGUCGCCGAAAAACCGUUUAGUAGCGCCGAACGGGUGGUAAGUGGCGCCCGCCCUGGGGACUGGACCCAAAAGGGAGGAGAAGAAAGGCUACCCAAUGGGGAGACAAACAACGCCGCUAAGUCUGCCCCUCUUGAGGAAGACCCACAUGGGAAGAAGCUGCAUGCAAACUUCAUACACAUCGAAGAAACACCCCUUUACGGGGAAGCAAUCAUCCCGCAGAACAUUUUCCGAAACAAGUGCCUCUACUUUGAUGGCUCUCUGUACCUCCUCGGGGGGUGCGGGCUGAACAAUCAUUUAGAAAAAAGGGAGGAGAGCAACUUUUUCAUUCACUAUGAAAGUGUCUUUAAAAUGAAAAUUGGCCAACCGUAUGACCGCUACUUUGCACAUUACUUAUCCCACGUGGAUGGUUUUUUUUGGGACCUCAUAGCGAAGGAGGAGAUGAAGCUACACCAGUGGGUACAGCGGGGAGGGAACUUAAAAGAGGACACCGCUUCUCAGCAUCUGCCAAACUCGCACAACGACUUUGAUGAUUUGUGGAGUCAACUGAAUGGACAGAAUGAGACCUGCUUACCCUCGGGAGAGGACGCGUGCCCAAAGGAUGCACCGUUUGUUAUUAACAAAAUUGACCAUAUGUUGGGAAAAAAUUCCACGGGGUUGCCGUCGGGGGGGGGCACACCAACAGAAGGGAAGCCGGGGUCCUCAGCACAGCCUGGAGAAUCUCUGCCUGGAGGAGUACCUCCUGACGGAGCACUUCCCGACGUCGCACCGCCCAACUGCGCGGACAACUCGGGCGAGACAAACUUGGGGAACUCCCUUUCGCUCUGCCAGGGGAAAAAAAUGCUCCAGCUGCUAACCUGGCUGGUCGAGCUAUACCACAGUGGUGUCUGCGCGGAUGAAAUGGCCACCGCUAGCGCAAGAGGGCAGUGGUGUGUGUCUAACCUUUUGCUGGAAGAGAGGCCUGCUGGGGGGCGAGAUGCGGACUCCGGCUCGCCUGGCUUGUUCGCGGAAGGAGGGGCAGACCAGGUUGGCACGUUUAAGGUGAGCACUUUUAAGGUAAACCCUUUUGAGGCGAACCCUUUUGAGGCGACCCCUUUUAACACUUGCGGCGAGGGGGAAAGCCGCCUACCGGAAAAGAAACAGGGGGAGCCGCGCCCCGCCGCCGACCAGGAGGCCACAAAUGAUUACAUAGAGGACGCACAGGGGGUGAGACCCCACCGCACAGAAGAAGGUACUAAAGAAGUAGGUCUAAAUGGAGAGCGUCUCCAAGAAAGUAACUUGCCGUCCGAUCAGUCUGGAAAACGGGACAUCCGCAGAUGCAGUGCACCCCUUGACGAAGCAUCGAAAGUUGACUCUCUGGAGGGUUGCCCCGUUGGAGAGCUCCCCACAGCCAGGAGUGAUGCUAACCAUGACGACCACAACGAUGAUGGUGAGAAAAAGGAAAGGAACGAAAUACAGCCAAGUGGUCACUACCGAGAGGGGGGUGAAGAAGGCGUGGGGUAUGUCCCCCCCGGGGAAAUCCACAACGAGAAUGGCCAACAUGUGAGUGAUGAAAAGGGUCUGCGUUUUGGCGGAGGCGGCAAAGGGGGAGAGGCAGACGAAGGAGGAGAGGCAGACGGAAGGGGAGAGGCGAACUCCUCCCCACAGCACCUCAUCGGCCGCCCCCAUCUCCCCACAGACCCCCCCAACAACAACCACAUAUACCUAAACAUGGAGAAGUCCAUCAUCUAUAAUUACCUCGAACAGUUUAGCAGCCUGACCGACGACAGGUAUUCUAUUAAAAUGAAAAUCAGGAGAAACGAAAUUUAUAAAUUGAUAUACACCUACACAAAGAGUGUGGAGAUUCAAAACAGCGUGUGUUUUAAGAUGCUGGAGGAGUUGGAAGGACAGGCUAGACAGCUGCUCGCUGAGAAGGAACAUCCUACCGAUGGAAAGACCCAAAGGGGAAGUGAUGCACAUCGAUUGGGGACAACUGAAGGGGAAGAACCCAAUGGAUAUCCCCACCUCCCAUUUAGUGAAGACACCUUUGAGUCACUGCAAAAUGAACACGGGCAGUUGAAAAAAAAAAUGAAGUACUUCUGCGAUAUGGCCCAUAUGUACUCCAUAAAAAUUAACAAGCUAAUUUUGUACAUUCGCAUUUUGGAGCAGAAGUACGAGUACGUGAUGAACUGCCUGCUCAAGCUGAAGUCUGUUCUGUUCCGGGGCGCGGCGAAGCGUUUGGGGGAGCACUCCGGUGCGCUUCUUGCGGAUCACUCGGGUGGGCUUAUUGCAGACCAUUUAGCGGCCCACUCGGGUGCGCCUCUUGCGGACCACCUGGGGAGAUUCUUCGCGGAGGACACCUUCUUCGUGCAUGAGCAGAAUGCCAACUCGUCGAGCUGCGACUAUGGGAAGCGCGCAGAUGAUGGUGGCCAAAAUGGCGGCCAGCUCAACUUGGGGACUUACCUCUGA